AUGGAGAGUGGGAGCAGGAGAACAGAGAGUCCAAACGGCUUCGAAUCGGGGGAAACAGACGCACAGCUGCUGAGCAUACAAAAAGAACUGGAGGCACUCAAGCAGCGGCGAAUCGCUCUAGAGGAACAACGGAAGAAACUCCUCAGCAGUUGCGGAUCCACUACCGCAGACUCUAUCACUCAUAAUAACACACAGCUCACGCGGGCCAACUCAUCACGUGCGGUGGACCGCUCAGUCUACAGCCAUAGCAGUCGUAUCCCAUCUGAGGCGGAACGUUUGAGGAAUAUGAAGAAGAAUGUUUUUAGUGAGAUGAAGGAGUCCAUGCGUAAGAGUUGGGAACGCGAUAGCGCAUUGGUAAUGGGGACAUUUCUAGUAGAGGAUAAUCCCCGCGCGUGUACAUUUGGCCGAGAGCGUCGUUUUGUACCAAUAGCGGAUCACAAGGGACAUUAUUACCUCAGUACGGAUAUGGAACUCAUGCAAGCACAGAAAAAUAAAAUGUUGAACAAUAUCACAGCCUCCUCUCGUGGUGGACGAGGAAUGAAUGUUUCAAAUCAUUGGAAUGAUCUUAAGUGUAGUGGGCCGCCAGGUCCUGGUGCCUAUACACCACGAUAUGGUAAGUUGGCGAAACCUUCUAUCCUUGCAAGACGUUGA